AAUUAUAGACCUGUUACUAAUAUUACUUUCAUCUCUAAAAUAAUAGAAAAAGUAGUUUUUAAUCAACUGUCAUCCUAUUUAAACUUUAACUCCUUGCUACCUGAAUCUCAAUCUGGUUUCAGACCUGCUCACAGUACUGGAACGUCUUUACUCAAAAUA